AUGUCGGUUCUUGAUGCCCAGCUAGCCAAACUGCAGCAACUUCUAGGCAACGGUGUGAAGCUGGAGGAGAGACCGAGAGACCAAGAAGAGGACUACGACGAAACUUCAGACAACUCAGUCGGCGAGGGAGCUGACAACAACUACGCCGAGAUGAUGGAGCGUCAGAGACAAGCUACCAGAGAACAGAUCUCUCAAACUGUUCAGCAACAAGAGGUCAACACUUAUGCUGCCAGACGGCUCGAACUUGCCGAGAAGAAGAAAAAGGCGUUUGAUAACUCCAAGUUUCGCAUCUUUCAGUCGGUCUCCAAGGACUUCACCUUCUGCCCAUUCAAAGUUGUGGUCUCGUAUCCUGAACGCUUCGUGGGCAAGGCCAACAAGCCUCGUGUACGUAUUACUGUUUUAACAACUCCCCGCAAGCUCACCAUUCUACAGACAAAGCCAUUUUUCACCAGAAUCCUCUUCGAGAAAACCUGGGACUUCUUCUAUCUUCAUAAUCCAGAGGAGCCGGCUAGAGACCCCUACCUUUUGAUUCCAACAGCUCAGUUCGAAGUCUUCCUUGAAGAAAUCAACCUCGAGCUCGACACUUCACUCAAGAUCCCCCCCGGAGUGAACAUGGAAAAGUUCUACCUCAAAUUCGGCGAACAUGGUACCCCACGCCCUCGAUACUUGAAACGAUCGGAGGAAGAGACAUCUCUAGAUGCUCGGCCAUGGCCCGCUAUUGACCAAGAUGACAUCAAAGGCUUCAAGGCGGCCACUCCAAAACAGCAACUGGCCUGGAAAGCAAAGUUUCGAAUUGUCAAAUCUGGGUUUCCACCCAGAAACAGGUCAGAUCCUGACAAGGCAGCAAGAAAGAAGAGCCACCGAGAGCGAAUGCUUCGCAACACCCAGAGAUGUCUUGGUCUUCUAGGAGAUCCCGAUGGCUAUGACGUUGUUUUCAUUUGCGUCGAUGUUGAGGCCAUUGAAAGAAAACCCAACCCCGUCUCUGAAAUUGGUAUCGCUAUCCUCGACACACGAGACACCGAAGGCGUCGAUCCUAAGAUUGUCGGCCGUGGCUGGUGGCCCCUAAUCAAGACUCACCAUCUUCGAGUCUAUGAGUUUGCUGGUUUGCGAAACUACCAGUUCGUCAAGGGAUGCCCUGACGAUUUUGACUUUGGGACGAGCAUAUUCCCAACAAAUGCAACAGUUGCAGACUCCAUCAUGGAAAUUUUCAACCCUUGGCUUAACGAUCAACGAAACAUCGUCAUCGUUGGACAUGAUGUGAAACAGGACAUCGCCUACUUCACUGAAUUGGGCUUAGACCUAAGAUUCCUCGGGGGGCUGGCAGAACCGGUGGACACUCAGGACAUUCACCAAGCCUGGCGUGGUUCAACCAAUGGACGAAGUCUCGGGGCCGUACUGAACGAUCUUGAUAUCGCCCAUAAGCACCUGCACAAUGCAGGAAACGACGCGCACUACACACUUUGUGCCAUGCUUGGUAUUGCACUGGAAGACUUUCGGAAGGAAGAAGAGUUGAGCAAUAAGAUGCUCAACAAGGUUGACUGA